UUGUUAUUUGGCCAUUGUGCUGUGCUUAGGUAUAAAACCAUUGGUCAUUCUAUAUCUGAGAGAGUGACGUGCACAAGAUGAAAUAAAUAAAAAGAACAUCCACGAUCUUGGCGAAUUCAGAAUUGAGUUGAGAGUGAAGCUCUCCGGGUUUGCAUACUAGUAGUAUUUGACAAAUUUCUAACUUAGAAAUCGGACCACAGUUUCUUAAAAUGGUGUCCGGAACGGUGAUAGCUCUCGGGGCUGUGCUGGUAGGACUGGUUUAUUUCGUCUUUUUGAGGAAGCCCAAAUGGAAAAAUGCUCCUCCAGGGCCUCGCGGGUUACCGUUGAUUGGAAAUAUACUCCAGAUGGACAAAUUCCAACAUGUCACGUUUGGCAAGUGGGCCAAGGAAUAUGGGCCGAUAUAUAAAGUAAAUUUUGCUACAUUAAACAUGGUCGUCGUCUCGGACUACAAAAUGGUCAAAGAGAUCUUUGCCGACUCUGCGUUUUCUGGGAGGAUAGAUUUUAGCAAGUUUGACUUCGUUCUGGACGGCAAACUUCAUGGGAUCAUCAACACUGAAGGAGAUCAUUGGGAGGAACUUCGGCGAUUUACGCUGCGACAAUUGCGCGACUUUGGUUUUGGGAAGGGCACGAUGGAGGAUUCCAUCAUGUUGGAAGUUCGUGACCUUAUCGACAGUCUUAAAGAGCAUGGCGAAAAACCUGUCGAUAACGUCAAGGAGAGACUAAUGGUUGCCGUUGUGAACGCGUUAUGGGCAAUUUGCACGGGGAUAAGGCACAAACAGAACGAUAAGGAAUUGUUGCGCAUGAUGGCGAAGGCAAAUGAUACAUUCGACGGGAUUUUGGAGGCUGGGGUUGUUCUCAUAUUCUUGCCAUGGCUCAUCGACCUCUUCCCAAAAUUGAGUGGAUACAACAAAGUAAAACGGGCAUUGCUAGAAUUCGGCGAUUACCUGAAAAAGCCAGUAAUUGACCACAAGAAAACGAGGCAGGAUGACUUUGACAGGGAUUUUGUCGACGUAUUUUUGAAAGAGAUUGAUAAAACUAAAGAUCCUAAUUCUGCGUUUAUGGGAAAAUUGGGAGAGGCGAAUCUCGUCUCAGUCUUGGGCGAUUUGUAUUUUGCUGGAUCGGACACCACGUCCUCCACGCUUUCUUGGAUGAUGAUCUACCUCAGCAAAUUUCGGCACGUUCAGGAAAAAUUUCAGGCGGAAAUUGAAUCCAUCACGGGCAACACUAGGUCAAUUUCAGUGACAGACAGGCCAAACAUGCCGUACACGGAAGCCUUACUUGCCGAAACUUUGCGCUUCUCGAGCAUUACACCGCAAGGAGGACAACACAAAGCGCUGAAGGAUCACGAAUAUAAAGGUUAUCUCAUCCCAAAGGACACCGUUAUCACGGCGAACGUGUACCACAUCCAUUUUGACUCGAAAAUCUGGGGUGACCCCGAGAAUUUCAGACCGGAACGAUUUUUGAGCCCGGAUGGAAAAACGUUUAAGAAGCACGAUGCCCUGAUUCCAUUUUCGACUGGGAGGAGGCAAUGUUUGGGAGAAACACUGGCGAGAGACAGCCUUUUCCUCUUCUCAGCCAAUAUCGCGCAAAGAUUCGACAUUGUGUUCGACAAGAAUGGACCGGAUCACGGAUUUGAGUCAAAAUUGUCCCUUAUUCUGAGCCCAAAACCGUUCAACGUGAUUUUUAAGGAUAGAUUGGCGUAAGUUAAGAAAUCGUAUGCGGUUAGCAAACAAAUAUUGUAUUUUAUUUCUUUCGGUGAGUUGAACUAGAUUAAAUUGUGCAAUUAUUUCAAUUAUUGAGCGACCUGCAAAAUAAAUAAAUAAAUAAAAUA